AUCUCUAGUUGUUGGCCUAUGUCUAUCCAUUCAUCAUCUAAACCACUAUUUUCCAAACAAUCCUUCCAAACUACCACCAACAAUUAGGAAAGAUAUUUUUUCCAUUUUUUCCAUUAUUACUACAUAAUCCAAAUUAAUAUCAAUCCCCCUUUGCUUAAUCCUUCAUCUUUACUUUUUAUCAUUAAAUUUGAAAAUAAGGGCUACAAAAAAUCCCUUAAAAAUCCGAGUUAAUCGAACCUCUGUUAAUAAAAAGCUCUUUAUUUUCACAUCAUUUUGGCUUAGUUUGUACAUCACUUUCUCAAGAUUAUUACCACCAAACUUAUUAUAAAUCUUGAUCAAACCUUUCAAUGUUUUCGGUAUCAAUGGAAGAAAAUCCAGCAAUUUCAAUGGGAAAAGCUGGAAAAAUAACAAGAAAAUCAGUUCAUACAUUUCUUCAAUACUAUCAAUAUUUUACAACAAUUGCAACAUUGAUAAUGCUACCAUUUUCUAUAUCAGUUUUAAUUUCUCAAUCAAUAAUCUCUUCUUCCUUUAAUCUUCUUCCUAGUAUCUAUAACCAUCUUCUUUCCCUCUUUUUUGCUGCUGGUUUUCCUUCUUCUCAUUUCUUUUCUCUUAUUAGCCUUAAACUAUCUCAAACCAUCUUAUCCUCCAUUGUUACUCUCCCCUUUUCUCUAUCUUUUCUUCUCUUAGCUAAAUCAUCCAUCAUCCAUUUUUUUACCCAAAAGAUUGAUCACAAUGGUCAUCAGUCCAGUAUCUCGCACAAUGUCAGAAUCCAAAAAGAAGAGGUAACAGACAGAUCAUACUCAAACUCUCUCGAAAGAGAGAGCAAGAAAAAUGGGCACAGUCAAGAGAACACACAAAAGAUUGAUCAUAAUCAUAAUCAUAAAUCAUCUUCUUUUAUCAAUCAUUAUAGCCCAAUUCUUUCAACCCAUAUUUGCAAUACUUUCAUCAUUUUUGGAGCUAAUGCAACAUGUUUUUCACUUCUUUUCUUAGCAUUUAACUUUUUAGAAGGAUUCUAUCUUGAUUCUCCUAAAUGGGUCCUUUUCUUUUCAUGCAUUGGUGCCAUUUUCUAUUCAAUAAUCCUUGCAAAUGCUCUAGUUGUGUGCAAUUUAGCUCUAGUUUCUUCAGGAAUUGAAAGAAAAGGUGGACUUUUAUCUAUUGUUCAAGCUUGUGUGUUGAUUAGAGGUAAAACUUCAACUGCAUUGGCUUUAGCUGUUCCGGUAAAUCUAGGCCUCGCUGCUGUUGAGGCCUUGUUUCAUUACAGAAUUGUAGCAAAUUCAAUGAAACAGAAUAGCUACACACUUUGGCUUGUGGCACUAGAAGGCAUGCUUAUUGCUUAUAUUUAUGCUAUGAUCUUGGUUCUUGAUGUUAUAAUGAGUUGUAUGUUUUAUCAAAGUUGCAAGGAAGGAUAUCAUCAUGGUAAAAAUGAUCAUGAUCUUGAUCAUGGUUGUGUUAUGGAGGUUGAAAAUUAUUGUUAUUAUGAUUAUAAUGUAACGAAAUUGAAUGUGGUAGAAGAAUUUGUGUAAUUGAGGUAUGAAUUAAGAUUAGAUGUUACAAUUUUUAUUUAAAAUUUUUAAAGUAUUGAUCUCCAUAGGAAAAGAGGAACAUUUUGUAUAGAGAUAUUAAAGGGAAAAAAAAAAAAAAGAGAUAUGAUCAUACAAAAAGAGUGCAAAAAUUGAAAAAUCAUUAAUUCAAUUUUAAUGGAAUUAUAUUUUUAUGUUUCAAGUUAAGUUACCAUUGUAAUAACGUCUAUAAUUAAGAAUAAUUUUUUAUAUGCAUAUAAAAGUUUUAUAGGAGUUCAAGGGUACUAUCAUUUUUGCUUUGACUUGC